UCGAUGUUCUCGCGAUAUUCUGAACGGCAGCACCGUCGAGAAAAUGGAUGAUUGUGCAAACAAGCUAAGGGGACAAUUCUAAUCUUAAACGGAUGGUAUUUUUGCUUAUGCCGAAGGUGUUUCCCAACUUUGAUCACGAUUGGAGCUACUUGGACGAAUCGAAUGGAUAGCCUUCAUUGAUUACUGCUGAUGUUACUGUGGAACCAAUGGAGAAUGCCAGCCUCACGAAUGCCAGCUCAGAAGAGCAACAGAGACAGUCAGAAUCUUCAGGCGAUAAACCGGGAUUGUCACAGCUUAGAAAGUCAUGGGGUUUCAGACGAUCAACUAUAGCUCAACGGGAGUUCCUGGAAGAAGUUGGAGAUGUAACCCAGAGUCCUCCACCGGUGCGGAGGGCCAGAAGCCGGCGUAUUACACAGACACCUCAAGCCUCUAAAGACAAUAAAAUUACCCAAGCUCCUCAAGCAUCUCUGUCAGUUAUGGAUGACCUGGAGUGGUCUGCCCCAUCUUCGCCAGUUUCAGAGGAGACCAAACCAGCUUUAUCCACAGUGGGUGGGUGCCUUGACCCGACCAUGUGGCAGGACAUUGGAUCUGCCUUUGACACCGCUUUCUCUCUUCUUGGCGGGGAUGAGGGUUUAUCAAUGGACAUGUCUGAUGAUUUGGCAAUUCCGGAUAUUUUGGGAGUUUCUGACACCACAGAGUCGCCUCCUUUACUAGUUUCAGAUGACACAGAGAUGUCUGAGCUCAGGGGGCUUCCUGAUAAUGUACUUUUGCAGUCUGAGCCGCCUUCAGAGAAGGCGACAAGUGGAGAUGUUGAUGUAGUUUUGAUCUCAAGCCAAGAUGAGGAAAGUGAUGAAAUGACUUUGUUGGAAUACAAGGAACAAUUGCAGUCUAAAUACAAGCAGGGACUCAAUGCAGGGAGAGGCGGAAGAGGAAGGGCCAGAGGUAGAGGAAGAGGACGAGGAAAGGGAAAAGGCAGAGGAAGGGGCAGAGGCAGGAGUAAGGUAGUUGAGCUUGAGUCCGUAGCUGCGUGUGAUGAGGAUGAUGAUGUAAUGAUUGUUAAUGCAUCAGAAGGGCAGCUGCAGCACUUAAAAAGGGACCAUAAAGAUACCCUGCACACACCUGAAAUGGGCACAUAUCCUGCACACUCUAUCAGUCUGAGUCCUGUUCAGCAAACAAGCUCAGAUUGUAUUAUUAUAGACACAGAUGUGGAGCAGAAUAAAGACACAACUCCAAGCCAGUAUGACGAUGCACCAGGGGAUGCGGGGAAGCAAGAAAACAAAGAUAAGGAUGUUAUGGAACAUCCGACCAUAUUGACCUCUAAGACUUAUGAUCCCAGUGCUCUGUAUUGCAUCUGUCGGCAAAAACACAAUCAAAGGUUUAUGAUUUCCUGUCACAGUUGUCAAGAGUGUUUUCAUGGCGACUGUGUUGGUGUCAGUGAAGCAGAAGGCCGUACAGAGUAUACCUGCCCACCCUGCACUGCAAAGACGCGGAGCCAACGCCCGUCAGAGUUCCACACACAGCUAGAACACACCUUGUCACUGAUACCUUCUAGAGACAAACAAGAGGGACAAAAGGAGCAGGACUCCCUUAAGAAUGAUACAGAGGAGGCUUCUGCAUUAAGUUCUGGACCUGGAGUGGGGCUGGAGGCGGAUGGCUCAUUUCCGCUCUGCAUCGGACCAGGAUGCAACAGACCGGCUUUACAGGACUCUGUUUAUUGUGGCACUGACUGCAUCAUACAGCAUGCUACUUUCACUAUGAAGUCCCUCUCUGACACGAAGGAGCCCAAACCUACAGGUCGAGUGCAGAGGAAAGCUACACCCACAACACCUACUGCAAAGGGUCAGUGCAGUAGAGUGUCUGCAAGGUUAGCUGCAAAAGCUGAGGAAAAUGCCAAAAAAGAGGAGCCGAUGGAAGGUGAUGGAACGCAGACAGACGCUACAUCUACCAAAGCCUGUGACCCCACUCUCACAGAAGUUCAGACCACUCCCCAACCAUCAUCUAAGUUGUACACAGCGUCAACUAAGGAGUGUAAACAAAUAGAGACAGAAUCUCCCCAAAAACAAAACCCAGAGGACCCACCCACAGAUGCAUCUCCAUCAGGACAACCCACCACUGAACCAGUUCUACCACAAAGUGUCUCUAAUGCCACCAAAAAGAUUUCCACAAACAGUGACAUUUCUGAACAAGCCACUGGAGAAUCAGUUCGCGUCACUCUACCCUCUGGAGUAAAAUCGGGUCCACCAACUUCUCCCACACAGUCUCCGAACCAAGGAUCAAAACAACAUGAAAGGGGGGUUGUUUUGAAAACUAUGGCAGCAUAUAUAAUACCCAAGAAGCAAUCAGGACUUCAGCCUUCCUCUAGCCACAUUGCGACCUCAUGCCAGAAGCCUUUGGGCCCCACUCUAGUGAAUGAGAGCCGGAAUCUCCCCGUACCCCCUGCACCUAGCGCUCCGUCCUCUAGACCCUCUCAGCCAAAUAACCAGGUCAGACAGAGCAUCCAGCGAUCCCUCACUAGCAUCUUGUUCAAAAGGGUUUGUGAUUGUGAGGAUUUGGAAAUGUCGGAAAGUGAUGCGGCAAAGCUUGUUGCAAGCAUCGAGAUGGAGAUGUUCGACAUCUUUCGUAAUACAGACAGCAAAUACAUGAAUAAGUACAGAACUAUUAUGUUCAACUUGAAAGAUCCAAGACACAAGGGCUUGCUGUAUCGAGUCGUGCAAGGAGACAUCAGUCCUUUCAGACUGGUCAGGAUGAGCCAAAAGGACAUGCAGGCUACCAAGGCACCAGACCAAAAUGUAAAGGACACAUCAGAGGUUAAAAAUGCAGCCGCAAAAGCGCCAGCUUUGUUGCAGAAACCCGAAGUUGUGAAGGUUGAUCUUUCCUGUUUAAACAGCACUAAACCCGAUCGAAGACCUGUGGGCAAUAAGAGAAGUACCGCUCUUACUCUGAAAAACAAAGGAAGUGAGCCAAGAAAAGAGUGUGCAAUGCCAGAUGUUCUUACCUGUAUGCUAAAGGACACAACUUCAGAGCACAAGGCUCACUUGUUUGACCUGAAAUGCAAGAUAUGUACAGGACAAAUACCAGCAUUCGGGGAGGAGGAACCUCCGAACAAAAGAACCAGGGUUUCUGAGUCAAGCGAGAAGCAUUAUUCACAGGGGAGACAAGGAGAUGACUCGCCAUUGUUGGCGCCACCAGACUCACCUGACAUGGAUUAUUCAUAUGACCCUCCAUCCCGCCUUAUUAUCGACACUGGUGAUUUGACCAUUGUUGAAUCGCCGGCUUCCCCCGUAAUGGAUUCCCCUGCUUCCCCUACUUUUGAGUCUCCCGCUUCUCCGGUCAUGGAGUCCCCAACAUCCCCAUCUAAUGAUACGUCAUCAAAAAGAGCAUAUACACCUGUUGUGAUUCCAGCCACCUCCACGGUAACAAUUACAAGGCGCGACCCCCGAACUGCAGCCAACAGGAGCUCUGCUCCAUGUAACGGUCCCAUAAACACACCCCACAAUCAGUCAGCGCCUUACGCUCCUCGAGGGGGCAGCACCGCUUCAUCAGUACCGACCGUGUUAGCGAAACCAACAAAACUAAUACCGAAACCUAUUCUCAUGAAGCCAUCCUCUUCAGCCGAUCCCAGACUCUAUGGAAUAUCAUCAAGGACUGUGAUUUCAGAAUCUCCAGCCAACGGUGCAUCUGGAAAGUUCCUGGCAAAGCAGGAAACAGUUUGGAAAGGCUUCCUGAACAUGCUCACUGUGUCAAAGUUUGCUACUAAGGGGUAUCUGGUUUCAGGAUCUGAUGAAAUUCUAAAAUCGGAAUUACCUGAUACCAUACAAAUCGGAGGGAGAAUCAUGCCCCAAACAGUGUGGGACUAUGUUGCAAAGGUCAAGACCUCUAUGACAAAGGAGUUAUGUGUGAUCCGCUUUCAUCCUGCUACUGAAGAAGAAGAGGUGGCAUACGUCUCACUCUUUUCCUACUUCAGCAGCAGAGGACGUUUUGGUGUGGUGUCGAACAACAGCCGUUCCAUCAAGGAUAUCUACCUUCUACCACUGAGUGCAAAGGAAUCGAUCCCAUCCAUACUGCAACCUUUGGAAGGACCAGGACUUGAAAAUGACAGGCCAAAUCUUAUUCUUGGCUUGGCAGUUAUCCAGAAAUCAAAACGUCCAGGAAGUGUCCUUCAGGAAACUGAAGAGAAGAAACCCAAAGUUCAAAUGUCUAAAGACCCCAUGUGGAUCCCAAAACCUCCAGUCCUCUACGGUUCUGACAAAUUGGAGAUGUUCCAACCCUAUGAUCCGCAGACCCCGAUGAGCACAACCCCUCUCACUGCACCUCCUUGUCCUGGGUCACCAUCUGAUUCCUCUUCUAGCUCAGAUACUAUGCCGUCACUCCUGGCCUCCAUUAAAUCAAACCCUGUUGUUUCUACUUCAGCCCCUGGGACAUCAACUCAGUCCACGUCCAAUAAUGAAACUACUCCUGCAUCACCCAGUAGUGAUACACCACUAAAGACUAUAUUGAGCACAUUGUUCCGAAAUAAGCAAACCGGUGUCAUGGAUUCUAACGAUGAAAGUUUUGAUACUAAUUCAACAACAGUAAGUGCUAAGAAGGCGUCCGUGCUGUCUCAUGUCUCAGGGUCAAUGGUAGAUCCAAUUGUUCAACAGUAUGGACAGAAAUCUAAAGUCAAAGAGAUACAGGAGGAGGAAAAUGCAUUUGAUCGUCCGUAUGACCCAGAAGAGGAGUAUGAUCCUGCAAUAGGAUAUGGAACCCUUUCCUCAGGAAACAAGACGCGAGAAGACCCUCCAUUGUCAGGCUUUGAUGAUGAAGACGAUGUGGCCUACGAUCCUGAGGAUGAGACUAUUUUUCAAGAUUUACCAAGUGAUGGAAAGAAACUUCCGGAUCAACCUGAAAUGAAGUGCCCAUCGUCGUUAUCAAUUUCCACACAGGCUGCAACACCUGCUAGUUUACCCCAAAGCUCUUCUCUGGCUGAGGUUCCGCAGCCCAUUCCUACUGGUACUGUGGUUGUCUCUGCCGCUACACUGACUGAGCAGCAGCGAAUGUUAGAGGAGCUUAAUAAACAGAUUGAAGAGCAAAAACGGCAAUUAAAGGAACAGGAAGAGGCGCUUCGUCAACAAAGAGAGGCUGUCGGUAUGUUUAUGGCACACUUUUCCGUUACUGAUUCCAAGAUUUCGACUCCCUCAAAGUCUCAGAUUUCAUCCCUUCAGAGUGGUAUAAUUCACUCAGAGUCUCAGCCUUCUGAACAGAAAGAUUCAAAGUCAGAACAGGCCAGCAAUCUACCAGAUGCUGUUGAUGAUUCAAAUGCUGAUACACAAACCAAUAAGCAGGAAAAUGCAAAAGGUAGUCCUUGUUUAAACACAACUUCAGUCACAGUGCAAGAUGCUGUAUCUGAUAACAUAAAGGAAAAUGAAAAAUAUUCAUCUGCUGGUGAAAUAGAAGAUUCUGAUGUACCCUAUGAUCCAGAGGAUGACCUUUUUAACGAAAUCCAAGAUGACGUGUUUCAAGGAAGCACCUCAAAGAUUCAAGAUACAACAGGACACAGGGGUGUUUCUCCAAAUUCAUAUCACAGCAGGAGGCGUAGGUCAUCACCAAAGAGGCGAAGUCAUCGUGAAAGAGACAGCCAUAGAAAUCCUUCAAGGAGAGCUCAGCGGCGUUCCGCUUCACAUUCCAGGAAACAUAGAGAACGGGAUAGACACAGAAAAAGUGAAAGAGACAGGUCAAAGCACAGAACUAAAGACCGCUCUGAGCGCCAGGCUCGUCACGAUAAGGUACAUAGUACAAGGCGGCAUUCCCGUAGCCGGAGAAGAUCACCAUCUUCUCCCAGCAAAAGAGAUUUGGUGUCCAAUGCAUACGAGUUCAGGGCAUUGUCACCUAAUGACAGUGAUGGACGUCAUUUAAAAUCUGAUGUUGGUCUUACAAUUGCCCAUCAAAAAAGUUUGGAUAAGGACCUUAAACAAGAAACAAGUGAAAAUCCUGAAACUUCACAACAACCGAGCUCCCAAGAAGUUCUCCAAAACACAGCCAGCGCGCUUGAUAAUUCAACUAUCGGUCCUCUGACACACGUGAAUAAACACAUUCAGCAGGAAACAAGUGGAAGCAAGUUUGAAAGUCCAAUUCCUCUACGAGAACUUGAACCCCCAAUUCGAGAUUCACCAGAGAGUCCUGAUCCUGAUCCACGGUUUAUAGCACCUAGCAGUAUCGAAAAUAAUCACCCUGACAAAUCUGAGGAAAUCCUACAUUCAGAGGUUCAAAGCACUGAACCAGCUGAGAAAGUACAAAAUGAUUGCCAGCUUUAUGGAAGCCAAGAAACACUGAAUAUGCCACAGCCCAUUGAAGGUAUUAAAUCAAAUGUUGACAUGGAUUUGAGAGACGGUCCACAGCAUUCAGAAAUACAAAAAAUAUCUCAGGGAGUAAUCACAGAUGUACAUGAAACAGGCAAUGAGCAGAAAUGUUCAAAUGGUGGUCUAGAACACCAUAACAAACAUCGUCAUAUCAAAAUUGAGGAGAGUAUGUCAGAAUUUCCCCUUGGGGAGCUCGGUGUCAUGGAUAUUGGAAAGUCACAGAUUCCAAGCAGGCUUUUAAAUUUGGCAGUAAAAGGAGUUGACCACAAUAAUCAAGCUCAAAAUUUCCCCCAGGUCAGAGAUUUUCAGCCACUGAGUAGAGAUGAUGAAAUAAACAGGGGGUCUUGUGAUCAAGAAAGUAGUGCAAAGUCAAAUUUACCCACAGGUUCUGGUGAUACUUAUAUGACAGCAUCCUUAGCCAUGUCCGAUGAUAAACAUAUAAAAAGAGAUCCAGGUGCCUUUACCUCUAAUGUAAAAUAUGAACGUUUUGAGGGUGUAGCUUGUUUGGGUGGUCAAGGCUUGAGCGAUGAUGCAGUUAACUCAUUUGCUGUCACUUCAGGAAGAGGCACUGGAGAAAUAUUUCUUGCAAACAUUCAAGGAAUAAGCACACAGGAUCAGCGUCAACAAGACCCAUGUACUCCUAGUAAUAUUAGAAAUGCAGAUUGCAGAGGUCCAGAACCUAGUAUCUUUGUUCACAGGGGUCAAAGCACAGGUUUCGGCAGAAAUUAUGACCCUGCCAGCAAUAGCACAGGGUCCACUUCAGUAAGAGUAGGGCAACUUCCUCAAGAUGAAGGUCAAGUCCACCAGCCAUCUCAUGGUUGGAGAAGUGCAAGUAUGGACAGCUAUGGACCUGAAAGAGAAGUUCUUGGAGAUGUAGACCCUUGCAAAUCAUGGACUGUGGGAGACCUAAAUGUAGGGGCCCCAAAUAAUGACAGCAGAGGACCAGGUCAUCCAAAUGCUACGGGACCAUGGGGCGAAAGGAUCCAAGCACAUGACAGGAGAGAACCUGGAAGUCCACAUUUCAUGAGAACAGAACCACAAAGGCAAGGACCUACAUUGGAGGGCUUAAGACAUGACCGGGGAGGGCCAAUUUUUCCUGAUUUCAUGGGACCAGGAACUGAUGACAGAGGACUGGAUAUGCAUAACUGGCGUGGCCCCAAGGACGAGCCUGUAUGUACUGACAUGAGAGUUCCAGUGCAUGCUAGAAAAGGACCAGAUGUUUGUGAUUUCAGGACACAGGAAAAUGAAAAUGCAAAUAUGACCGGACCUGUUUCUGGAAGGAAAACUGUAGGUUCUGAUUUCAGAGGUCCAAGACCUGAAAGGAUACAUCCAGCUAUAAAUAAUGGAGGGCACGGUGCGAGAGGCAAUUUGGGACCAUGUUUUGAAAGAGGUCCAGGCAUGGAGGGCCCUGUACAUGAUGGAGGACAGAGAGAGGGAGGUCCACAUUAUCGAGGUCCUCUAACUGACUGGAAAGACUCGCAUAUGCAAGAUAAAGAACAUGACAUGAGAGGUCCAGUAGGUCCAGAUUUCAGGGAACCAUGGAAUGAGAGGAGAGGCCCUGAAAGGGGUAUGCAACACUGUAAUAGAAAAGGACCAGAAGGUCAUGAUCCCAGAGAACAAGGGUCUGUAGUGAGGCGGUGUGCAAUGGAACGUCCAAGGAUUACGCCAAAAGGAGGCUCACAUUUCAGUGGACCAGAGAAUGAAAGGAUAAAUCUACCAAUCAACUGCCCCAAAUUCCACAGGGAAGGACAGAGAAAUCAGGGCUUGAGGGGAAUGGAACCUGAGAGAAGAGAAUUAGGAGUCCCCAAAUUUCCUGGGCCAGGGCACCGAGGGCGAAAUGGAAGAGGGCCUCGGUUUGAAAUGAGAUGCAUAGAAGGUCAAGGGCCUCCCAGCUUACGAAGGGGAGACACUGAUGAGUUUGGUACAGGGCCUUAUGCAUCAGGUCCUGGACAUGAUUUAAUGGAAAAGAAUUUUGAAAGGCUUGGACCUCACAGUAGACGAACAUGGAGCCCCCAGUCAGAAAAUAUGGAGCAAACUGAACCUCACGGAAGAGGUCCGCAUAUAAGGGGACCAGUCCAUGAAAGAAAUCCCCCACAACCUGAUAACAGGGAGCAUGAGACAUUUAUGGACCAGAGAAUGGUUGAACCAAGAGUUCCAAACAUGAAUAGACCAAUGUAUCCACAUUUAGGUCCAAAUACAGAUUGCACAGGGCCUAACAGAAUACAUCCAGAAAGGGAGGAAACAAGGUUUGGUAGUAAAGGCCCAGGACUUUUUGGAGGACCUCGCCUAAAUCAUAGUCUUCCAGAAAUGAUGGACCCAGAGUCUGAUUGCAGAGGUUCGUAUUUUGGAGCAGACUUGGACCCUGAGAGGAAAGGUCCUGGUAGUAGAGAUUUUAGAGGACCUAUUUGUGAUCGGAGAAAUCCAAACAUGAAUUGUUUGGGGCUUGAGAGACGAGAACUAGAAGACCCGGAUCUCAGAAAAAAUCAUUUUGAGAGAGGUCCAGAUGGCCCAGGUCCUAAUUGGAGAUCAGAUGGCCCACAGUAUGGUGGACCAGGAAACAGGGAGAACAGCAUUAGAUCAGGUCCAUAUAACAGAGAAGAUCAAAGACAUGAAAAUAAAUGCAACUUGAGCGUGACCGUCUUUAGAGGCCCAGAAGCAGAUCAAAAUAGUCAUGGAGGCCGAUGGCCAGCAGCAGACUGUGGCUACUCAGACUCUGAAACACAAUUCGAAGAUGAGUGGAAACAUCACAAUAACCGCUAUCCUCACCCAAUCACAGACGAUAUCGAUAUGCCAGUGGAUCCUGGUAAUAUACAAAGAGGCCCUGCAGUUAGGGGGUUUGGGCUCAUGCCAGAAAGGAAAAACUUACAAAUUUCAGGCCCUAGGAGAGUCCCUGAUGAUGACUGGAGAGAUCUAGGACCUUUUCAGAGUGACGCUGAGAGGCUAUGCCCGAGGCCUGGUAGACUAGGCCCUGGAAAUGGAUGUAGGAGGCCUGGUAGAGGAAGAUGGAGAUCAGACCACAUGGACUUCAGAGAACAGGGCCAUGAAGGGAGAGGUCCAGUCAUGGGAGUACCUGGGUCAGAUAAGAGGGGUCCAAACUUGGAAGGACCAAGGCCCAUUCAGGGAGGCCCUGAUUUAAGGAAUUCAUUCCAAAACAGAAGAGAAUUGGAGAUGCAGGACGACCGUGAGCGAAGAGGAAUAGGAGACAGAGAUGGACGCUUCCGUGGGUCUGAAAACCCAAAUCUUGAAAGGCCGUUGAGGGAUUUUAGAAGUUCAGAACCGAGAGCAAUGGAGCCUGAAAGGAACGCUUUCGACAUGGAAAUCUCUGAAAACCCAAGUCGACAGGGUUGUUUUAGAACACAAGGCUCAGAUAUGAAUUUUAUGCAUAGAGAAAAUGAUAUGAGCGGGCCAUCUGGAAACUUAAGACCGGGGCGUGGGCCUGGGCCUUGGGUGGCAGACACCGAAGUCCCUGUGUGUAACAGAGGAGAUGAACACACUAUGGACCCCGGGUUAGACUCAAGGGAACCCAGUUAUGCUAUGAAGGAUGGGAUGAAAUGUUCUGACGUCAGGGACUCGAGGAGGUACAAUCGUAGAUCAUUAGACAUGAGAGGUCGGAGGUCAAGGCAGAGCGGUCGUUCACUCGAUGGUUCUCAAUGUGGUCCUCAGGGUAGCGAAGCAAAUCCACCAAGUGAACAAGUAAAAAAUCCAAAACCUAGGGUGGCCUUGCUCCCCACUCCAACCGAAGGUCGUGUAUGCAUCCCAAAUCGUAGGAUGAACAGCGGCAUGAAACAAAAAAACAUAGGCCAACAUAUUAACAAGUAGUGGAGUAAGACGUAGACCAGUUCGAGAAAGUCGGUUUGUGUUAAGAGCUGGCAAUAGUGGAAAAGAACUAAAAAUGUGAUUCAUAAUUCAGUUAAGACCAACAAAAAUGUUGGGACACAACAAUCUAUUCCAGGUAGCGUUACUGACACUGGAACAUAACUUAAGCAAAACAAUUUGAUGACUGUAAACUGGAAUUUCACAGAGGUAUUUCUGUUAAAACAUGUUCGUCUUUUAUUCAGCAAGUUUAAUUUUGUAUGUUUACAAAUAAAUAUGUGUAAAUACGCCACUUUUGAAUUAAAGUCGGUGAAUAGUCAGAAAUCCUUGUACAUAAAUGUACAUUUUUAACAGCCAUAGUGUCAGAAGGGCAGACAAACGUCUUUUUUCUGUUUAUGUGAUAUACUAAAUAAAUUACUUUGUUUCGAUA